CUCGCUUCACAAUAAAUACACCCGACCAAGCAACGGUGAGUUGCUAAGCCUCCUUGAUGGAUCCUAAACUCGUGAGACUGCCCCCGUUCAUCCUUGUUUCCACCUUCACCCUCCUUCUCCUGCCGUUCCUCUCGCCGCCUGUUGCAUCACAGCUCUCCUCGGGCUUCUACUCCUCCUCCUGCCCGGAUGUGGAGUUGCUAGUGAAGAACACCGUUCGAUCCGCUUACGAGAUCGACUCCACCAUCCCCGCUAAACUCCUCCGCCUCCUCUUCCAUGACUGCAUCGUCCAGGGCUGCGAUGGCUCCGUGUUGGUGGAGGGGAAUGGGACGGAGAGGAGCGAUCCGGCGAACAAGUCGCUCGGUGGAUUCUACGUGGUGGAGUCGGCCAAGAGGCUGCUCGAGUUCUGGUGCCCUGGAACUGUGUCCUGUGCUGACAUCCUGGUUCUCGCUGCAAGGGAUGCUGUGGAACUGACAGGAGGACCAUCGGUAGUGGUUCCGCUGGGAAGGAGGGACGGAGCGGUGUCCUCGGCAGCAAGUGUGAGGCCAAACAUGGUGGAUACCACCUUCACCGUCGACCAGCUGGCGCAGCGCUUCUCCUCAAAAGGAUUGUCCAUGGACGACCUCGUCAUCCUCUCAGGUGCUCAUACCAUCGGCUCAGCUCACUGCACCGCGUUCAGCGAUCGGUUCAACCAGCUCUCGGACGGGACCAUGGUGCCCGCCGACGCUUCACUGGAGAGGAACUACGCGAUGCAGCUCGCCAGGAAAUGCCCCGCCGGCGCAAGCGAUUCGGUCACCACCAGCAACGAUCCAGUGACUCCUUCCUUGUUCGACAACCAAUACUACGGGAAUCUCUUGGCCAAGAAGGGCCUGCUUCAAUCCGACUCCGUCCUUGUCGCGGAUGCCAGAACAAAGAGCACGGUGGAAGCCUUGUCUCGAAGCCAGGACGCCUUCUUCGCGAGCUGGGCUAAGUCGUUCGUGAAGCUCUCCACCAUUGGAGUCAAGACAGGCAACGAAGGUGCGAUUCGAUUCUUGUGCGCCAGCGCUACCGGCUAAGCAUAGAUCGCUGUUGAUGCGUUGUUGUGUUCUUUCAAUCUUUCCCUCAUACUGUUUGUAUAAAUGUCACUGCGUGGAGUUCAUGUGAUCAAGUCUACCACAAGGGCUCUAUUCGGUAUAAUACUGUGGCCAAAAUAAGUUGUGUGAUCA